AUGAAGAUGACUGAGGAUCUGGAGAGGCUGGGAGGGCUGGGACUGUUUGGCCUGGAAAAAAGAGGGCUUGCAGGGAUCUUAUCAAUAGAUCUGAGUUGUUUAUGCAUUAUUCUUACUUUUCAGCUGUUCACCGAUGGAAUCACCAAUAAACUAAUUGGCUGCUACGUGGGUGACAUAACAGAUGAUGUGGUUCUAGUUAGGAUCUAUGGAAAUAAGACCGAGCUCUUAGUAGAUCGAGAUGAGGAAGUGAAGAGUUUUCGCGUGUUGCAGGCUCAUGGCUGUGCACCUCAACUAUACUGUACUUUCAAUAAUGGCCUGUGCUACGAGUUCAUGCAGGGAGAGGCACUGGAUCCAGAGCAUGUAUGCAAUCCAGAUAUUUUCAGACUUAUUGCCAGACAGCUUGCUAAAAUCCAUACUAUUCAUGCACACAAUGGAUGGAUCCCUAAAUCUAAUCUGUGGCUGAAGAUGGGGAAAUACUUCUCUCUCAUACCCACAGAAUUUACAGAUGAGGAAGUAAAUAAAAGGUUUUUAAGUGACAUUCCAAGUCCUCAAGUUCUGCAGGAAGAGAUGGCCUGGAUGAAGGAAAGACUGUCAAAUUUAGGAUCACCGGUGGUACUCUGUCACAAUGACCUGUUGUGUAAGAAUAUUAUUUACAACAAGAAACGAGGUGAUGUGCAGUUCAUAGACUACGAGUACUCUGGAUACAACUACCUGGCUUAUGACAUUGGAAAUCACUUCAAUGAAUUUGCAGGAGUAAAUGAGGUAGACUACAGCCUUUAUCCUAACAGAAAAUUACAGGAACAAUGGCUGAGAUCUUAUCUUGAGGCCUACAAAGAGUAUAAAGGAUUUGGCACAGAAGUCAGUGAAAAAGAAGUUGAAGUUCUAUAUGUCCAAGUCAAUCAGUUUGCACUGGCUUCCCACUUCUUUUGGGGAUUGUGGGCUCUAAUUCAAGCCAAAUAUUCCACCAUUGACUUUGAUUUUCUAGGGUAUGCAAUUGUUCGGUUUAACCAGUAUUUCAAAAUGAAGCUGGAGGUCAUGACAUUAACUCUUCCUGAGUAAUGAAGAGGAAGAAACUGACCAAGUGGAGAGACAACCCCUGAAUCUUUUCUGAGAACAGAUACUGGAAAAAAGCUAAACAUUUGUUGAAGUUCUGUAAUGCUCACUUGGUGGUUCUUGCUUUAUAAAUAAUGCCUCUAAACAGUCCUUCAAUGUUAAAUUUAAUAUGAAGAGCAUACGUAUUGCUGUUGAUAUAAAACGGAUUAGAAACUUGCUAAAUCUAUAAAAAGUUGUAGAAAUGGCAAUUUAAUCCUUCUUUGUAAUUUAACAUAUGUUGUAUGUGAAUUAUUUAUUAUAAGUUUAACAUGAUUCCAUUGCUGCUUUCAUCGGUUUUUGUAAAAGUUGGGUGCAGACAGUGAAGUUGUUCCAAAGGAUUCAUUUAACAACUUAUUUUAUUGAAGUUGCAUUAACUUAUAUUAAAGAAAACAUGGUCAGAGAAUAUUAACCUUUUAGAUGUAUAC